AAGUUGAAUCUUCUCCAAAUGUCCAUACAUCUAUACAGGGAAUUGAUGAGUCGAAAGAACGAAUUAGGAAAUUAUUCAACAAGAUUGAGAUUUCGGUUUCACCUUAUGAUACUGCGUGGGUAGCAAUGGUUCCUUCUCCAUAUUCGUCUCAUCUACCGUGUUUUCCUGGAUGCAUAGAUUGGUUAGUUGAUAACCAACUUAUUAAUGGUUCAUGGAGUCCUAAUCAUAAUGGUCAUGUACUUAUUAAAGAUGCUUUAUCAUCAACCUUAGCAAGUGUGCUUGCAUUAAAGCAAUGGGGAAUUGGUGAAGAACAUGUAAAUAAAGGUCUAAAAUUUAUUGAAUCAAACAUCACUUCAGCUAUUGAUGAGAAUUUGAGUUCUCCUAUUGGAUUUGAAAUAAUAUUCCCCAAUAUGAUAAGAUCUGGUGAAGAAUUAGGACUCAAUAUUCCUAUUGCCCCAAAGUUUUUGGAUACUAUGAUUAGCAAGAGAGAGUUAGAGCUCAAAAGGUACUGUUUUUCCAAAAGCAUUAUCCUUUUCUUGAUUUACUAUUAUUUUCUAAGAUUUUGCUUCACAAUAAUAGUAAGAAAGUGUUUAUCAGAAGGAAGAAGUUCCUAUUUAGCUUUUAUUUCAGAAGGAAUAAAUUGGGAUUCAAAUGACUGGAAAAUGGUCAUGAAACAUCAAAGGAAGAAUGGAUCAUUGUUCAACUCUCCAUCCACUACAGCAGCUGCAUUCAUGCAUCUUAAGGAUGCUGAUUGUCUUAAUUAUCUUCGAUCAGUUACAGAGAAAUUUGGAAGCGAGGUCCCAGUUGCAUAUCCUCUGGAUAUAUAUGUGCGUCUCUCUAUGGUUGAUCAUCUUAUAAGAAUGGGAAUUGAACGCCAUUUUACUGAAGAAAUUAGAAGUGUUUUGGAUGAAACUUAUAGAUGUUGGCUUCUGAAUGAUGAACAAAUAUUUCAUGACAUUGCAACAAAUUCCAUGGCAUUCAGAUUGUUGUGUCUUAAUGGAUACAAUGUGUCUUCAGAUCGGUUAACUCGUGCUUCCAAUGAAUAUGAUUUCAUUUUUCCUGAACAACACCAAAAGACAAUUGAUGAUGCAAUUGAAUUAUACAAGGCUUUACAGUUGACUCAAGAAAAACAUCAUUUGUGCUCUUCUGAAUUCCUCAAGGAGAAGCUUUCCAACUGUUUGAUCAACAGAAAUGGUCUUGAUAAAUAUAUCACACAAAAGGUAAAUGAUGCCCUCGAGUUUCCAUUCCAUGCAGAUGUAGGGCGCAUGGCUAAUAGGAGAAACAUUGAGAAGUACAUGGUAAAUCACUCAAUGCUUCUAAAAGCUUCAUACAGUUCUUCAAAUAUCGGUAAUGAAGAUUUCCUGAAGAUGGCUGUGGAAGAGUUCAACACUUGUCAAUAUAUAUAUCGUGAAGAACUUGAAAAACUCGAGAGGUGGAUCUUAGAAUAUGAGCUGAAUAAGCUACAAUUUGCGAGGCAUAGAACAGAGUACCAUUACAUAUCAGCUGCAAUGAUGUUUCCUUCUCCACAUCUUUCUCAUGUUCGCAUUUUUUGGGUCAAAAGCGCUGUGCUCACCAUUAUGUUCGAUGACUUUUUUGAUGUUGGAGGCUCUGAUGAAGAAUUGAAGAAUCUUAUACAACUAGUUGAAAAAUGGGAUGUAGAUCUAGCAACUGAUCACUGUAUCUCUGAGGAUAUUCGGAUACUAUUUUCAGUACUCCAUGACACAGUUUGUGAAAUUGGAAGUAAUGCAUUUGAGUUCCAGGGAAGGUCAGUUACCAGUCACAUAAUUGAAUUGUGGUUGGAUUUGCUUAAUUCAUCAAUGCAAGAAGUAAUAUGGAGGAGAAGUAAAUCAGUGCCAACAAUGGAUGAUUACAUCUCUUAUGCCUCUGUGACAUUUGCAAUGGGACCACUUGUUCUACCUGCUCUGUAUUUUCUUGGUUCUAAGUUAUCUGAUGAAGUUGUUCACAGUUAUGAAAUGCAAACUCUUACCAAACUUGUGAGCACUUGUGGCCGUCUCCUGAACGAUAUGAAAGGAUUCGAGAGAGAAUCAAAGGAAGGAAAACUCAAUGCAGUAUCACUCUACAUGCUUGAAAGAAAUGGAGAGGCUACAGAAGAAGAAACGAUAGAGAAUCUGAUGGGGAUUGUCUUACAACAAAGAACAGAGCUUUUGGGAUUAGUUUUGCAGCAGGAGGAAGGGAACUUAAUUCCUAGAGCCUGUAAAGAGGUAUUCUGGAAAAUGAUUCAGAUUUGUCACAUCUUUUAUGCUAAAGAUGAUGGGUUCACUUCCAAUACCAUGGUUAAUGCAGUGAAAUCAAUCAUAUAUCAGCCAAUUUCCCUUCCGAAAAUAAAUGAUGUUAAAUAAACUUAGAAGUUUAUUACUAAGCUCAAUGUUC